AGCUGUUCACAGCUUCUCCCUCACUAGUGCUACUACACGUAGCUGUGGUACAAGCGUUUUGUUUACCUGCAGCUUUAAGUUAAGAGACUACUGUUGAUCACAAUCCUUAUUCGAGUUCGCUAUAGCAAACUCGUUAAAGACACUAAGUACCUCUUGGUUCUUUCGAAGUGACCGUUUUUGACGAAGAAGCAGACGGGCGACCGAAAGAGACAACAAGAAUCGCAGCAGAAUGUCUUUCAUAUGGGAUUGGAUCUACAGAGGAUUCAGUGGCGUUUUACACAUAUUAGGGCUGUAUAAAAAGACUGGGAAGCUGGUUUUCCUUGGGUUAGACAAUGCAGGAAAAACAACAUUACUGCAUAUGCUCAGAGAUGACAGACUUGGACAGCAUGUUCCAACGCUUCACCCAACUUCAGAAGAGUUGACAAUUGCGGGAAUGACUUUCACAACAUUUGAUCUGGGUGGACAUGCACAAGCAAGAAGAGUUUGGAAAAAUUACUUACCAGCCAUUAACGGAAUAGUCUACCUUGUGGACUGUGCGGACCAUGAGCGUCUACUUGAGGCUAAAAUUGAACUAGAUGCUCUUUUAACUGAUGAGACCAUCUCUAAUGUGCCAAUCCUCAUUCUGGGAAACAAAAUUGAUCGACCAGAGGCAAUUAGUGAAGAUGCACUGAGGGGGAUGUUUGGUCUGUAUGGACACACUACUGGAAAGGGGAAUGUGUCACUGAAAGAACUGAACCAGAGGCCAAUGGAAGUUUUCAUGUGCAGUGUUUUAAAGAGGCAAGGAUACGGGGAAGGUUUCAGGUGGCUUUCUCAAUACAUUGACUAAUUAGAAGAAUCAGUGUUACUGAACAGUUUCAUACCCCAAAUCCACUUCCCCCUAUUUAUUAAAUGUUUUGACUCAGGAGUACAAACCAUUUUAACACAAUGACACAUUUACAAGUGAAUGUUAUGUUACUGAUAAAUGCUUUUGAUCUGAGCCUUAAAUAUAUUCUCUUCUUAAGACUGCAAGAAUGUAUAUUAUCACAUAAAGUUAGUGGUGAUGAGAGAAAUUUGCAUGCAGACUUGUGUAGUUUCCACUUCUGUCUACAAGAAACAAAGUAAUAUAGCAUAUAUGGCAGCAAUUUACAGUGUAGUUCUCAUUAAGGACUUUUUAUGCUUUUAGCUUUAAUGCCUGUUACAUAGCCUGCCAUAGAAGUACAAUACUGUGCCUUAAUGUUCUUCUAUUUGCAACAGUGUUAUCAGUUGGGACUAGAUGAUUAUUAAUUGUGCCAUGCGAUAUCCAUGUCAUAUGGAUAGAAAAGCUUCAGUGGAAAGAAGAAGUGCAAUAAAUAGCCUUAU